AUGACGAGCGACUCUUUCUCACGCAUCCAGAUUUCUUGUCUAGAGGCUCGUCCACAGUCGAUUCGCCUUCGCCAAAAUUUGUUCCACUCUUUGCACGCCGCGCUGAAAUCAUCAGAGAAAACCAUAAAAAGUGCGAUUGCUGAGGAUACCAGCCACGAUGAGUGGGAGACUAGUCUCGAAUAUACACUGGCGAUCUCCGAAUUGCGUGAACAUUACUCCUCAUUGGAUCUCGAGCAAGACCUGAAGAGACAAAAAUCGGUGGAGGACCUGCAAGGAACAACGAACGUGGGCAUAGUCUAUAUUAUUCCUUCGAAGCAGAACCAGUUUUACUCUGUCAUAUCUGCCCUUACGGCAGCUCUGGCGGCUGGGAAUUGUGUAGUUCUGGAGCUACCCACGACACUGACGCAGGUCUCCGCGGUUCUACGUGCUGUGUUGCCCAAAGCUCUAGAUGCGGACAUCUUUGCAAUUAUAGGAGAUAGGAUCUCCAAGGAAAAUCUCUCCAAAUGUCAUGUUUUGGACCAGACUGGUAUCAUUCCAGCAUCACUCAGAGAUGGAGGCAACGAUAGUAAUAGUGUCAAUCUCCACCACGAGAGGGUAGUGGCAGUUGUUGAUCGAUCUGCCAAUAUCCCCGAUGCUGCCUCGAUCAUCUGUGCAUCGAGAGCCAUCUUCAAUGGUCAAUCCGUCUAUUCGCCGGCACUGGUGUUAGUGAAUGAGUUUGUGGCUGAUGACUUUUUGUUCCAUCUUGCACAAGCCAUUAUAUCUCCAAUGCAUAAACAAAAGGAUAUUUUAUCAAAGUCUUCCCAUCCAUCAAUGGGGGGUCCGAAUGGCCAUUCUCAGAUCAAGACCGAAUUCGAAAGCAAGGACAACCUAAAUGUGAUCAUAUCAGGGGAAAAUGGAAGCAUUGUUGAAAUCAAAGAUCGGACACAAGUACUGGUGGGACGUCAAAUUGACAGUCGAGUCAUCAGUAUCUAUCGAAUCACCAGCCUAGAUGAUGCUAUUGACCUAUGCAAUGGAUUCCAGACUCCUUUAGAGGCAUCCUAUGUUUUUGCAGCCGUAGCCGAAACAAAUUAUCUGUCACGUUUUAUCGAUGCACGCAUCUCCUGCAUCAAUCAUAUUCCUUGUGAACUGAUGGUGGGCCCCUUUGCACCAGAACACCCGACCAUCGCACCAAGCCCAUCUCCACGAUACAGUCCGGCAUUAUUCCGGUUACCCCGUCCAAGGUUCAGUCACGCGUCACAAAUGAGUAUUCUCUGCCUGAAAUCAGCAAUUUCAAGGUCCACGAAAGUACUUGAUCCAUGGAGUCGGCCCAUUUUACAAACAGCCCUUCCAGCCAUAAAACAAGGGGAUGGGAAUUCUGUCGGUUUCUUUGAUCAGGCAUUCAUCAUGGUUGGCAUUACAUUUGCCUCGGUCAUUGCAGGUGGUGCAUUUACUCUGUAUCAGCUGUCAAAAAGGCAUUGGCUGGGAUACUAA